AUGGAAUCUCUGACUCCUUCACCGGACUUAGUAGAUAUGAAAUUGAUGAUAACUCAUAUAGAAUGCCAUCCUGAGUGCUUGGUUAUAGCGUUCCAGGCUCAGCGCAACACAGGAUGUGAGUUUGACUAUCACAUACUAGAAAAUCGAAUACAGCAUGUGUUCAAAAAAAGAGAUAAUAUUUGCCUUGGUGGAUCUUACUUGGUGGAAGACACAGAAGGAAGAUGGCAUAGAGGAAUAGUUCUGGGAAAGAGAGGGAAUACCUGUGAGACUUGCCUUAUAGACACUGGACAAGUGUUGGUGGUUGAGGAAACACAUCUUGCUGCUGCUUGUGAUGAAAUGUUUCAACUGCCUCCUAAGGUGGUUUUGGGUGUUUUUGCAAGCAUACUUCCUCUUGGAGAAAAAUGGGGUCCAAAAGCCAUCAACUAUUUUUCAUCUCUGGUAGGUUUACAGGUUACAGGCCAUGUGAAGGCUGUUAUGCUACACAAACUGUUUAUUCUAGAAGUGCCAAAGAUUAUAACUGAUGUUCUUGAGCUGCAAUUAGGUAAAUUUAUUGAUGGAGAUUCAUUUUGUCUUAUUGUAGAAGCAUUAAGAGCAUUUCCUGAAGGAAUGCUAUGUAAGAGACUGCCACAAUUGUUCCAACAGAAGUAUCCAAUUGGGGAGUUGCUUGCUUUCAAUAAUCCUGAGAAACCAAAAGAUUUUUGGCAUGUUCCAGAUGAACUCUUUCCAUGUCUACCUGUUGGCAGUAAAGAAAACGUUAAAAUAACUGCUGCAGUAAGCCCAAAUAAAUUUUAUUGUCAGCUACAGAAAUGGCAGAAAGAGCUGAAAGAUUUGACAGGAGAUAUGAAUUUGUACUAUGAAGCUCUCAUUAGAGAAAAUAGUACAUCUUGUGAUAGUUUAGGGCUACUCUGUGCUGCCAGGAGACAAAAUGGACAAUGGCAUAGAGGAGUGGUAAAACAGGUUCUUUUUGACCAUGUGGAGAUCUGGUUCAUGGAUUUUGGCAUUAGUGAAGUUGUGCCAUCCAGUUGUGUUCAGAAACUUAUACCUGAGUUCAUGACUUUACCAAUGAUUUCAUUUCCAUGUGCGCUGUCUUGUUCUGGUAGUCAGGAUCAAACAGUAAUAGAAUUUCAGCUGAAAGAACUUAUACAGGCCUUGAUAGGACAAACUUGUGUGUGUGUCCGGGUUGAUUUAUACAAUAACAUUAAAUGCUUGUAUUAUAUCACCCUGCAAAACCAAAAUCUUGGAAUUAAUGCUAAGCAUCCAGUAAACCCAAAUGAGGCAGCUGCAUCAUGUGUCUCGCUUUUGGAAACAAAAAGCACAAGUAUUGCUGUAAACUGCAAACCAUGUCCUGAGAGAUCAAAUUCGUUUAAGGAUUAUACUGGAGAUAAACACAUAGAAAGCUGCUUACCUGAACGAGAUAUUUCUUUCUUCAGCCGCUGCAAAAGGGAGGAGAUGCAAAUGAAUUCCUUCUAUGGAGCUUUUGUGGUACAUGUCAUAAGUCCAUCUGAUUUUUGGAUUCAAACAUGUAGAUACCAGAAUGAGUUUCAAGCCUUGAUGAAAAAUAUUGCCCACACAUACAAUCAAUGUGGGCCUGCUGAAAUGGUCCUUGAAGACCCAGAGCCUGGAGUGCUGUGCUGUGCCCGGUAUAGCAAAGAUGGGCAUUAUUAUCGGGGUGUCGUUGCUAAAGUGCUUUGUGUAAACGUUACUGUUUGUUUUUUUGAUUUUGGAAAUACAGAUACAGUACCCUGUUACGAUGUGAAAACAUUGCUUCCUGAGUUUUCUGGUCUACCAGCUUUAGCUCUAUGUUGUUCCCUUGCUCACACAUUUCCUGUUGAGGAUGUGUGGGUUAAAAAGGAAAUUGAUUUCUUUAAAAGUGUGUUGUGGGACAAACCUCUGCUGCUUCAUGUCAUUGGAAAGCAAAACAGCAAGUACAUUGUUCAUGUGCAGUGUGAUACUGGCCUGCAGCAAAGAAACGUUGCCAUGUGUAUGGUUGAAGCUGGAUAUGCUGAAUACUGGGAAAAGACACCACUUUCUGUUACAAAGUCAGCAAACCCACGGUGUGGCCAGAAUUACCGGAGAUGUAAAAGAGGAAAAAUCAAUGCACAGGGCACCGGUAAUAUUUGUAAAAAUAAGGUGUCUGGAAAUGGAGGCAUACUUCAGAAGAAAAAAUCAUUAAGUGUGCCUCCAGUGCAUAGAGAAUCUGUUGUGCUGUCCUGUUUUGGAAAAGGUGCUAUCUCUAAAGUGCAUAAAUCGGUACAUGAGGAAAAGUUAUUUUAUGAAGAGUUUGUGUUUAAACCAGGGGCUGCUUUUGAAGUGGUGUGUUCUUGCAUUGUUUCCCCAGCAGAUUUUUCAUGUCAGCUGCAAAGCAAACUUCCAGAGCUAAAUAACUUGAUGGAACAAAUUCAGACUUACUAUAAAGAUCAUACCAAUCCUUACAAAACUGGACAGAUUGCCUGUAUUGUUAAAUAUCCCAAAGAUGGAAAGUGGUACAGAGGAACUGUUGUGCAGCAGGUAUCCACAGAUGAAGUUGAUGUGGUUUUUGUAGAUUAUGGUUAUCAGGAAAGAGUUUUACUUCAAGAUCUUCAGGCUAUUCUUCCAGAUUUCCUAAGUCUGGAAAGUCAAGCAUUUCGAUGUGGACUUAAAAACGUACCCUUACAGUCUGACUCACCUAGUUGGUCUGAGGAAGUGCGUACACAGUUUGAAGACUUCAUUUCUUCUUCUGAAGGACCACUGACUUGCAUCAUUUAUGCUGUUAUUCUUGUGAGCCCCAACAAUUUAUGCAAUGUAGUUGAUUUACAGACUGCACUUUGUAGUGCAGAGGAAUUCCUCAGACAAUUUGGUCCCACCCAGUCUGAACAUACUGGACUGAGAAACCUUGCGUCAUUGGGUUCUCUGUACAGUUUUUGCUACUCAACUUUUGAUAUAAAAAUUGGAAGUGAGGAGGAGGUUUAUAUAACUCACAUAAAUAGUCCUUCAGAAUUCUAUUGUCAGCUUAAUCGAAACACUGAAACUGUAGAGGCAUUGAUGAAGAAGGUUAGUGUCAUAAGUGAAAUGUCAAAUAAUGCAACGUAUGAUACCAGCAAGACACGAUUAUGUAUAGCCAGAUGUUUUGAAGAUGGUCUCUUUUACAGAGCUUUGGUUUUUCCUGUGGAAUCAACAUCCUGUCUGUGGGCUGACUAUGUCGAUUUUGGAAAUAAGAGUAUAGUAGAAAGAGACCAGUUGAUGCCUAUUCCAGACUCUGCCACUGACCUAAUAUUCACACCCAUGCAAGCUAUUAAAUGCUGUCUCUCAGAUCUUAGUGGGACAGAAAUUCCAGCUAGUGUUACUAGAUGGUUUGAGGAAAAAUUCCUUGGUAAACUGAUAAAGGCUGUAAUUGUAUCCAGAGAAUCAGAUGGAAAGAUUGUCUUGGAGUUAUAUGAUGGACAGGUCAAAGUAAGUCAGAAAAUUAAAGUAUUAAAAGACUUGGCACAGAAAAACUGUAUGCAACAAUUUACAAGUCAUGAAGGAGUGGUAUGUCACAUGGGAGAUGAUGAACAAAUACUUCAGCUGAAAAGUGAAGUGAAAUGUGAAGUACAUGAUGAGUAUUACCAGACAGAUACUGGAGAAAAUUUUGGAGGUGAAGAGCAAACUGCAUGUAGCACACCAAAGUUGUGUAGUGGAUGUUUAAAACAACAAACUUUACAGGACAGCAAAGAGCCAGAUGUUAGAAAUACUGUCGGUGCUGUUUUGGAAAACAGAGAGGAGCCUCUGGUUGGAGAAAUUGCUGCUCACUCACUCCCUCAUCCUGCUUUAAAUUCAGAGGGGAUAGCUGUAAAUGCUCUCUCUGAAUCUCAUAAUGCAAGACUAAAUUGUGCAGGUCAGCAGGAAAGGAGUAAUAAAGAUAUACCUAUAUUAAUGAGUCUUCCUCAACGUGAUAUCCCGGUGAAUACUGAAGUAGCGGCUUAUAUUUCUCAUAUGAAUAGUCCAUCAAGUUUCUAUGUUUACCUUGCAAAGGAUGAAAACUUAAUAAUACAACUAGGAGAUGAUUUAAAUGAAAGUGUGAAGAACCAAGGUCUUGAAAAUUGCUUAGAUGACCUCGUGGUAGGGGAUCUCAUUGCUGCAGAGCACGGUGCUGAUUGUUUCUACUAUAGAGCAGUUAUUAAAACUCUGAAAUUGGAAAACUCCUUUGAGGUAGAGUUCAUUGACUAUGGCAAUUCUGCAGUUGUAAGUUCAUCAAAAAUCUACAGGAUUCCAGAAAAGUUCUUAAGUCUGCCGAGGUUCAGUGUUCAUUGUUUCCUUAGUAAUGUGCAAAGUGUUUCUGAUGAAAGCUGGAGUAGGAAAAGUGCUUCUUACUUUGCAAGGAAAGUAAGUAAUAAGCAAGUUGCUUGCAAGUUCUUACAGCAGCAUGGAGAACAAUGGGAAAUAGAUGUAAUUUGUGAUGGAAAGUCUAUGUCUAAUGACUUUCUGCAGGAAAUAGAAAGGAGAAGGUGGCAAAACACACCAUGUCGUCGGAAAAAUAGGCCAAGACAAAAUGGUAGUCCUGAAGACAGAAAGUCUAGGAUAGAUUUAGGUGAUCGAAAGAAAACUAAGGCUGCUUCCAAAAAACCCUUAAGUAUCUCUUGUCAAGUUGUAAAUUCUGGCCAAGUAGAAGCAGCAGAAGUAGUUUAUAUUUCAGACUAUGAAGAAUUUUAUGUACAAUUACUUAAAAAUUCACAGAUAUUACAUGAGUUAAAUGUAAUGCUUGACAAAGCAGCACAAAGAAGUGAUUUGCUUAGAGUGGAUGACAUUAAAAAAGGACUGGAAUGCAUGACACAGUCCGGAAGGAACUUUAAGUGGUAUCGAUCAAAAGUAAUAAAGAAAUUUGUCAGGGAGAAGUUAAUGCUAGUUUUUUUCAUGGAUUAUGGCAUGUAUGAGAUGGUGUCCUUAAAUAAUGCAAAGGUGCUCAGUGAUGAGAUGAGAAGUAUUCCUAAACAAGCUGUGUGUUGUAGAUGGAUUUGGUUUGAAAACCUGAAGGAAGUUCAGUUUGUCCAUGUAGUAAAUGCAUUCCUGGAUGGUGAAAUAAAGGUCUUGUUUUUGAGAUUUUUGAAAUCCUUUGGUGUCUGGGAGAUAGAUAUUUUAAUAGAGAAAUUUAUGCUUCAGGAGUAUUUGAACCAGCCCUUAAGUCAUUGUCAGACUGUUGUUGGACCAGAGAAAUCCAGUAAUACAAACUGUAAGGAGUUUAAUAUGUCAUUUAAGAUAGAUUCAGUCAUGUGGAUGCAGCUGCAAAGGAGCAGAGUGCAUCCUGGGUUUGCAACUGCAGUCACUGAUCCUUCAAACUUCAGCAUUCAGUUUGAAGUCUUCUUUGACUGCAUGCAAAACUUGUCCUUGCUGCUCUCUGACCUUCCUGACUCCUUGCCAGUUCUGUCAAAAGAACAUGUGACCCCUGGUGUUACCUGCUUGAUCAAGUUUGAACAGUGGAACAGGGCAAAAAUUAGUGAAGUAACAAGUCAGACUGUUGUUCUUAUAUUUAUUGAUUAUGGCUUUCUGAAGAGCAUCCCUUAUUCUGAGAUCCAUAAACUUAAAGUCAUUCCAGAAAGCAUGUCUUACUUGCCGUGUUUGGCACACGCUUGCUCUUUGCAUGCUAUAGUUCCUGCCAAGGGGGAACACUGGAGUGAUGAAGCUAAACAACUGUUUCAGAAGCUUCUUAGUACACAGGGUCUGAUAUUUCAUGUUAUCCACUAUGGCUCUGAAAUGAAAUUAGAGGUGGAUAUUCUGUACGAGGACACCAGUGUAGCCGAUGCCUUAGUUGCUGCUGGCCAUGCAGUCCGCUCUAGAAGUGAGUGCUCCCUCCUUCCAGCUGACAGACUGAAAUCUGUUUCAGAAGAAACAGAUUUGCAGCCUAAGGACCAAGAUGCUGGUUACUGUACUUCCCUUUGCAAACCCGAUUAUAAUUACAAUAAAAAGUCUGAUUUUGCAGGCAGAAAUGAGGCAAUGAAAAGAAAGAAAAAGCUGUCUAAAGCGCAGGACUAG